UUUAAAAUUUAAAUGGGCUCGACUAAGCCACUCGCGCGAUCGCAUAUUUUUUUAACGAUACUAUCUAGAAACGUAAUGUUCAAUUUAUAGCCGGUCUUGAAAAUUUCAUGUUUCAACUUUUUUUCUCGGUAUGUUUUAACACUUUUUUUACGAUGUUUAUACGAAAAACGAGGGCAAAAAGCGCGAAAAAAAGCGGUCGAACUGUUUACAUCAUUGUUCGAGCUUCUUUAAUACUUAUAGCUUUCGUUUAUGUAACACACAUUGGUAAGGUCACAAAUCAUUUUAAAACGAAUCACUUGGUAUCGAGAUCUUUUACAUGUUGCAUGAAAUUGCCGAAAUGGUUGCUGAAUUUCCCAAACAAAUAUGUCUGUCUUUCUUUCAUUCUCUCUUGUUCGGCUGUCUUUGUUCGAACAUACAUUUUUCUCUCCUAUGAAAAUGAAUUUAAAAAAAGAAGAAGGAUAAAAUGGUGUUCGUUUAAAAAUUCAAGGCGUCUUUCGGAACCAUGAACGAUGCAAAUUCGCGUAUCGUCUGGACGUCUCGCGCCACGUAAUUGUGACAGGGUGGGGACGCGUGUGUGACGCUUCGCAUUUAUAGGUUAACUUUUCGCGCACAGGCGAUCAGUGCCGCUUCAACGAGGGCUCUGGGCUCUCUCGUUGUCGCAGGGGAUUCUUUUGUUCGGCAAGUACUUAAAUUCUCAUCAACAGCCGUGUAAAAUUCAGUCGUUCGUGCACUUGAAAUCCAUCCAGAAAGCGAACUCGAUCGAAACGUUAACAGUGCAUUUCGUUCACGAUCGCCAAAUAAAGUGGUCGUACGUAUUAUUGACACAUCGUCUUGUGCGUGCUGUUCCAUUCCUUUGAAUUAUCGUACGCAAUUGCACAAAAAUCAUUUUCAAACACGAUGACAGAAGAAAGAACGUUUCACGCGUGAAGGCAUAAAGUUAUUUCGUUCGAGGAGGUUCGAAGAAGAGAAGACUAUACUACUACGGGUGUUCGUAUUAUAAAUAGAAUCUUCGUAGCGCGUAGUGAUACACACAAGAUAUUCAGUAGAACAGGCAAUCGUUUAUGCCGGCAAAACUUGUCAUGACGUCUGUUGUCGCAUUAUUUCACGAGGUGUGCAGUGUUCGCGUGCAUCCUCCACGAUGUCUCGUGGUUGAAUCUCGUCGAUGACCUGAACUCUGGGAAGCGUCGUUGCGUGUACGUGCAUCGUAGUCCCCGUGUUUGUAAUACAAAGGAAGAAGAAGAGAACGUUUGCUCGAUCCCUUCGGUAGAGCUCUGUACUUCUCACUGGUUUUUUCGCAUUUGGUGUCGUUGAUCGUUGAUUCGCAUAAGGCGGUUGAGCGCGUGAUGGCAGAGCGGUAUAGAAGGCUGCUGACACGAGGCGCGCGAGUGUGUGCGAGACAUGGCAGCGGAUUUUGAUGAGUGCGACACGACUCCUGUUUAAUUGCAACAGGGGGGAGUUUUAAAAAACUCGCAGAAGUUGCGUAGCGUAGCGAACCUUGUGGGAUACAGUCACGGAAAGAAAGAACAUACAGCGCGCAGCUGCGCGCAACUUCAACGAAAAUAGAACUCUGCACACAGUGUGUGUGGAGGCCAACGACGGAACGAGCGAAGUGUGACAUUAAGGCGAUUGUAGAAUGUCGCGCGUGUCGCUCAACAAGUCGCAGUACAGCCAAUACGGCUCGCGUCGCGUGCGGAAAAUCAGCACGACGGAAAGCGAGUAUUCUGUAGAAGAACAUGCAAGAUUAACAACUACAGAUGGACCAGGUGAUGAAACAUCUCCAGAGGAUGAAGGGGGGUCACUAUGCGAAUACCAUGACAUACCUCCUCCACCUGAUGGUGGAUAUGGAUGGGUUGUGGUAUUUGCAUCAUUCAUGUGUAACAUGAUAGUAGAUGGUAUUGCCUAUACAUUUGGUGUUUUUCUGGGAGAAUUUGUUAAAUAUUUUGGAGAAGGAAAAGGAAAAGCUGCAUGGGUUGGUUCAUUAUUAUCUGGCAUGUACCUCAGUGCUGGACCUGUUGUCAGUGCUUUAACAAAUAAAUACGGAUGUAGAGCAGUAUGUAUGGCUGGAAGUUUUUUAGGUGCAGCAGCAUUUGUACUUUCAACAUUUUCAACCAGUAUAAAUAUGCUUAUGCUGACUUAUGGUGUUAUGGGAGGAAUUGGAUUUGGUCUAAUAUAUUUGCCAGCAGUAGUAUGCGUAGGUUAUUAUUUUGAAACCAAAAGAUCUUUAGCUACAGGCAUUGCUGUAUGUGGUUCAGGAUUUGGUACAUUUGCAUUUGCACCUCUUGCAACAAUGUUACUAGAAACAUAUAACUGGAAAGGAGCAAACUUGAUCCUUGCUGGCCUUAUCUUGCAUUGUGCUGUGUUUGGUGCAAUGAUGAGACCACUAGAAUACCCAAAAGCUUCUUCUGUUAAACCACUGUUACAAAGAAUGGCAGAAGAAAAAAGAUUUCAAAUGGAACGUGGGAGUAUCGGUGGUUCUUAUUUUAUGGUACAAUUGCCAGAUGGAUCAAUGGAGAAAAGAAUGAAGAUGCCUAUUAAUAUUGAUCCUGGUGUCCACUCCAGUUUCAAUUUAGACCAACUAGUGCCUGGAACUCCUUUAACACCAGUUCCAACGGUACCAACCCUCCCCACUAUAUCGGAAGUGAAAGUACAAGAACACUCUUCUAGUGGAGCAACCAGUAACAGUGGCAGUAUGGAUUUAAAGAGCAUUUCCACUAAAUCCAAGAGUAAAAGGAAUAUUGACGAUACCAAAGAAACAAAAGAUGCAUCAGAAAAGGCUGAAAGUGAAUUUAAACCAAUUAUUCCUAGAAACGCUUCACAGCCCGCUUUCACAACUCACGUACAAGGUUUACCGAAGAAUGGUUCUGUGCCAUUUUUUGAUAGAAUUCGUAAAACUAGCACCGGUGAGAGAUAUAAGCCAAGUCUCAGCGCAAUUAAGAAUUCUAGAACGACACUGAAUUCAAACGGCGAUAUCCGAAAAAGCUUACAUUUGAGACUUUCUACAAGCAGUGUCAUGGGCUCCCGAAAUAACAAUGCGGAAGUGGAUGAUGGCGAAAGUAUUACUUUUACGACUAGCAAAUCAAGUAUCCCAAAGGAGAAACCACAAAUAAUUCGGCCAUUAUCUAGAAAGGAUAUUUUUUAUAGUGGCAGUGUACUUAAUUUACCAGAAUAUCAAAGUCAAAAAUCUUUGGCGAAUUAUCGCCAGAGUGUUAUUUCCCUACCAAAAUCCGUUCGCGGAGAUGCUAAAGACAUUGAUGUUGAAAAGGCACCUCAACAACCAUUAUGUCCUUGUUUGGUGCUACCUGACUCGUUCAAGGAAGCCUUGGCAACGAUGAUGGACGUAUCUCUACUGAAAGAUCCAGUGUUUUUGUUAAUUGGUAUUAGUAAUGUGUUUGGAAUGGCUGGAUUGUAUGUCCCCUUUUUUUACUUGGUAGAUGCUGCAGUUUUAGAUGGAAUUGAGAGCAAUUCUGCAUCGUUUUUAUUAUCUAUAAUUGGUAUUACCAACACCGUGGGUCGUGUGGCUUGUGGAUAUAUCGCAGACUUUCCGCAAGUGAACUCAUUGUUGUUGAAUAAUAUCUGUUUAAUUAUAUCGACACUUGCUGUUGCUGCAACUCCAUUUUGUCAUUCUUAUCCUGCUUACAUCGUUAUGAGUAUAUUUUUCGGCAUAGCUAUAUCUGGAUACAUUUCGUUGACAUCAAUUAUUUUAGUAGAUUUAUUGGGACUGGACAAAUUGACAAAUGCAUUUGGCCUUUUAAUUUUAUUCAGAGGCGCUGCCGCUAUUAUUGGUUCGCCUUUGGCAGGUGCUGUUUUCGAUGCAACAAAAACCUAUAGCAUCCCAUUCUUUAUGGCAGGAUUUUUCUUCUUAAUGAGCACUAUAACCAGUUUCAUGGCUCCAGCAAUGAAACGGUGCACGACGCCGCAGACUCAGCCUGUGAUAUUAGAUACGUUGACUCCAAUUGACGAAGAUAUUGAAGAAGAGAACGAGGAAGAUAUUCCUGAAAUUGUAGAAACUGCGCCAUCUCCACAGGAACCGCCUGAAAAAGAAAUUAAACAAAUAGAGUCUGUUCUAUAAGGCUGGUUCGCUUAAAGAAAAAUAAAAUAGCCUUCACCUCCGAGCCACACUGUGAUAGGGCUGCUGCUUUGAGAAGGUCUGAAAAAAAAGGUACUUUUUCGUUAUAAAUUUUAAUGGAUAAAGCACAAAUUACUAUGCAUCACCUGAUGGUAUUUUUGACGUACUUAGAAUUUUUGCAAUUGUAUCUAAUUUUUUUUAUGAAACUAAUAUAUGUAUAUAUAUACAUAUACAUACAUACACUGUGAAAAAUGCCAUCAGGUGUGCAAAAUUUCAUUUGCCUAUGUCAAUAGUAGAUCAUAGAUAGAAGAAUUUAUUAACUUAAUCAGUAUAGAUUGAUCAGUAUAAAAAAACGUUGAAAAAAAGAAAAAAAAAAUGCUUUUUGCACUUACAUAUCGAGUACUCUUGAAAAAGGAAAAAGAAAUAUUAAUCUUUAUCAUAGGUGAUAUAAAUAUACUUAUGAUUUAGAAUAAGGAUGGUCAAUCUAACAUUCUACAACUGGCUCUCUUUUUACCUAUGUUUUCUCAUUACUACCACGUUCUAAGUGUAUUUUUAGUCAAUUGUGUUUUUGGAGGUACGAUUUAUGUAUCGGGAAACAACGAAAACGCUUCGCUAUAAUUAUGUUCAUUUCUUCUAAACUGUUUGUGUUGAUAUCAAGUUCAAUUUGAGAUUGUACGCGUGGCCAACGUCUUUCACGAUCGACCAUCCUUAAUCGAGAACACCCCACCUAUAACUCGUUACUUAAAUCUAUUUUUGGUCGCAACCCAAAGAUACAAUUCCAAUUGAUUACAUUCAGAGAGAUAUUUUUCUUGCAUAUACGAUAAAUGUACAUACAUUAUAUAGGUAAAAAGAAUGUGGAGUAGGUUACAUAUACAUAUAAAUAGAUGAUUCGUUGUCGCGAAAAAAAGAAUUGUAAAUAAUAUAUAGGCAAUUGUAAAAUAGUGUAUAACAAAGAAAUUUCGAAAUUAGACAGAUAAAAUGAUUUCUGUUUUAUGGAACCCUCGUUUACCGGAAGUUGGUUCCUGUAUUAAUAUAUUGAUUAUAUGAACAAUUAAUACGCUCGUAGGUAGAGACUAUAUAAUUAAUAUAUUAACGAUUCAGCUAGAGAACGUUACGUUUCACUGAAUGUAUAAAAAAGAAAAGGAACGUCUCGUCCGAUGUAUCUAGUUUGUGUAAAUUAAUCCUAAUUAAUUAACUAGAAUUGACUGUCGGCAAGAUGCGAUACGAUUCGAGGCACAUUAAUUAACACAAACUAAUUCUUGACUAAAUAUAUACGUGUUUAUUGCAACACGAGUCCCCAGCGAAAUAAAAGAGUUUUAUCGUGUCACCAUGUACCGUGUAAGUAAUAAAAUGAAUACCGAAUAAUCGCGAAUAGAAAGCGAGAGAGAAAACGUUCAUUCAAUUAUAUAUUAUAAUACUUUUUAUUUACGAACGCAUACGCGCCUAUGAUUCGUAUAACUAUAUAAAUCAGUAUUCGAUUAAUACAGAUUUAUAUAUUUAUAUUCAUUUAUAUAUAAAUAUAUACACAUAACGAGGAAAACAGGAGAAUAAUUGUAAAAAAAAAUCUUGUUGAACGGCAUACAACAAAUGUUAUAAAUUGUAUGUACAUUGUAUAUACGGUGAUUUAAUUGGAAACGUUUAUCGACACGCGAUCGUACAUGAUCUACUCUGAAGAUAAAAAAGUGAAGAAAGGAGGAACCGUGAUGCUGUCGAUAAAGAAAACAAAAACGAAAAAAAAAGAAGAAAUACCAACAGUGCUAUUAUCAAUCACUGCUGCUGCUAUCACUAUUACCACUAUUAUUAUUACUACUACGCUACGCAUUAUUAAUUAGUACAACUAUUACGAACACUUAUUUUUAAUUCUCAUGAUUGUCAUACAAGAGGAUGUUUUUUUUCUGUUUCGUGGUUUAAAUCGAACAUAAUUGUAUACAUGCCUACCCAAGCUGAAUGUGUGUAAGUACGUGUGCACGCGUGUCGCCGCCAGCAAAUCUUGCAAUUACAUUUACCAUUAAUAGACUAUAUAACAUAUAAAUAUUAUCGACGCGCGUGCCAUGUGGCAUUCCGCGCAUGCGCAUGGUUUACUUCGUAUGUAUGCAUGUGGGGUUUGGCGGGAAGUACUAGGACAGGGGGAUACAGACAGGAUUCUAGUUAAAAGGAUACGCGAAAUAUGUACGCAUAAUACAAGACAUACACGCGUACGAGGCGUGUAACACACACGUGCACACGACUUAAUCUUGUGCAUACGUUUAAACUUUAAAAAAAAAAAAUAAAAAAGUGAAGUAUAUGUAUGCUAUGGUACAAAGAAGGACAAAUUGUAUUAGGUAACGUUUAUUGAAACUGAAGAGGAAUUAUGAAUUUUUAUUACUGAAA